AUGGCACCAAGCCAACUCAGCAUCGCAACGGGCUCCGUGUCCAGGCUCGUCAAGGAGGAGAGUUACUACCGCAAGGAGCUCUCGCAGCAGAAGGAGAAGCUCGCCAAGGAGAAGCAGUCACUUGGGCCAGACGCGGAUUACAAUGACAAUUUUAUGAUUAAGCAGAUGGAAACGGCUAUUCACGAGACCGAGAGGGUGUUUGCACCGCUGCGGGUCAAGAUUGAUGAGGCCGUGCGGAAGCUUGAGGAGCAGCUCGCGCUGAGUGAGAGCAACGAGCACACGUCAGAGGAGGAGUUGAAGAAGGCCAACGAUGCUCUGGAGUCUGCAAAGAAGUUGCAGGGUGAUGCAGAGGCUGCUGAGUGA